GAUUUGUUUUGUUGUGUUGACAUUCAUAUUCUAUAUUGCGUUUUAUAGUUACUCAAAAUUUGUAUUUCUAGAAAAUAAAUGAGACGUAAAUUAAUAGGCUUAGUGCAGAAAAUGACUUUAGUUAUUAUUCUAUAAAAUGUAUUCCAUAGCUGGGAUAUUUCGGUUAAAUUUGUCAAUAAUAUCGUUCAUUUAUUUGUUUGUAUGUGGAUAUUGUGAGUUGGAAGAGAUUUCGUAUUGUUCUGAACCACAGUCAAGUGCAAUAUUAGUAAGUACUCUUGAUGGACAAUUUACUAAGUUAACAGAUCAUGGUGAUGUUAAGUGGAGUAUUAAAACAGGACCUGAAACUUUGCUCAAUUCGAAUAUACAUAAUUUAGAGUUAACUAAUAAUGGCCAAUGGGUUAGAAUUAUUCCUUCCCUUAAAGGAAUGCUUUAUAAAUUUGAUGGACAUACGGUUGAUCCUAUAUCUGUAACAGCAGAAUCUCUCUUGAAAUCGUCUUUCAAAUACUCUGAUGAUCUUGUUAUGGCUGGAUCUAUUGAGGUUAAAACAUAUGGAAUUGGAUUUAGAUCUGGUCAGGUUUUUUAUGAAUGUUCACCACUAAGAUGUAAAAACAUUACGGAAAAUGCUGAUGCAGAGGACGAUAUGCUUGUAUUAAAAAGGACAACCCAAACAGUUAGGGCUAUUGAACUUCGAACUGGCAAUGAGAAAUGGAACUUCAGUGUUGGAGAUGUGAAUGUUAAUCUGCCUCGUAUAAGUUGUAUUGAUGUGAAUGCAAGAAAAAUUAAAUGGAACAUCACUGCAGUCUUACCAGACGGUUUGUUGGAAGUAGAUCAUGUCCUUAACGAUGCUCAUGUUUCUUGGCAAUAUCAAUUCUCAUCUCCAAUAGUUAAAGUGUGGAAAUGGAGUGGAACCACUCUGGAAGAAAUUGAUAUGUUUACGCAAAAAACAGAAACGUUCUUGUCGCCAAUUAAUGCUGCAAUAUAUAUAGGAAUGCACAAUAAACAAUUGUAUAUCCAUGAAUCAAGAAGGAUGCAAAACAUGUUGGAGAGGAAGAGUCACCAAGAUGUUGCAGUUGUUGAAAGCAAAAGUUUGUCGAAAAUUCCGUGGAAGCCUAUUCCUGCAUCCUCAAUGAUUGAAGAAGAUGAUUCAACCGCUCUAGCUGUAUUAUAUGGUUCAACAUAUGUCAAUGGAAACGGUUAUUUUCUAUACACAGAAACUGACUUAGAAAAGAAAAAUACAGAGUUGUGUGAAAAAAAUGAUACUGUUGAGGAAAUUGAAAUAGGAACUGUAGAAUAUAUCAUCGCCCCUAUCUGGGUAUGGUGGAAGGAAAUCGCUGUUAUUUCGUUAACUACUGCGAUUGCUUUCCACAUGGUUUUCCGAAUUGGUCUCAGCCGUCAACUGAGCAGGAAAAGCUCAUCGACUAACACAUCACUAGAAAUUCCAAGGUCCGAAGACAAAUUAACAGAAAGAAGAAUAUCUGAGAGCUCCUCCAAUUUAUCAUCCUUCUCUUCAAGAUAUUUGAACGAUUUUGACACCCUCCAGUGUCUGGGAAAAGGUGGUUUUGGUGUUGUAUUCCAAGUUAAACAGAAGAUUGACGAAUGUCAGUAUGCGUUGAAGAGAAUCAGGCUUCCAAACGAGAAAGCGAAACGGGAAAGGGUUAUGAGAGAGGUGAAGGCUUUAGCUAAACUUGAACAUCAGCACAUAGUGAGGUAUUUCAAUUCGUGGGUUGAACAUCCUCCUGCAGGUUGGCAACAGACACAUGACAACAAUUGGUUGAGCGACAGUGAAGCCACCUCUAAUAUGAUGACAUCGUCGCACCGGAGAACGCAGUCCGUAUCGAUAGCGAUAGAAAGCGACGAAGAGGAGUCCCCCAAUCGUCUGUCAGAUUCGUCGGACGAUUUCAUCGUUUUCGAGAAUUCGAACGGACUGGAUGUCACGCAAAAAUCGGAAAGCACCCUGCCCUCUUCAAUCAACACCGAAACUCCGAAGUCUCAUUCCCUGAAAAAAAUCAAUUGGAAACGACCGUCUAGAAAGAGUUAUUCCCUGGAUUUGACGAAAAAAUUCUCACUAGAUCCGCCCAUCUUCUUGUACAUACAGAUGCAAUUGUGCCAAAAGGAAAACCUGAAAGAUUGGCUCCUGAUUAAUCCGAAACGGGAUAAGAUGGUCGUGUUGGAUAUUUUCGGUCAGAUUUUGUCAGCCGUCGAGUAUGUUCAUUUGCAGGGACUGAUUCAUAGGGAUCUGAAGCCUGGAAACAUAUUUUUUUCGUUAGAAGGUCAGAUCAAAGUGGGUGAUUUUGGAUUGGUGAAAGAUAUUGAAAGUUGCCGUGAUCUAGAAUCUACUAGUCUGUUGAGCCCAGGUUCAUACGGUCAUACCAAAGAAGUUGGAACAAGGUUAUAUAUGAGUCCGGAACAAAUAUAUAACAAGAAGUAUGAUUAUAAAGUUGACAUUUAUUCCUUGGGAUUGAUAUUCUUUGAAUUACUGACCCCAUUUGGAACUGAUAUGGAACGAUUCAAGGCCUUGAGCUCACUUAGGGAUGAUGAAUAUCCUAGAAAUUUUCCAGUGACCCAUAAAGAUGAGUAUUCUCUUCUGAAAUCCAUGCUGUGUGAGGACCCAAAAAAGCGUCUCACAACUAUUGGAAUACGAGCGUUACUUUUCAGCGACGCUGAUUCUGUUAGUCAAGAUAAAAAGUUCUUCUAUGAACUUCCUAAAGUGAUAAAAUAAGUUAUUAUGCAAUACUUCAAUUUUUUUUUUUCGAUGUUUUGUGUUUGUAUUAUUUAAAUUCAGUUGCUUCCGAACUGAAUACUCUAAAAGAAACAAUUUUCUUGUUUCACUUAUUAUAAGAAUAUUUUGUUUUUUUUUUAUUAUAUAUUUCUUCCUUUGUUCCUUUAUUGACUGAUUUUUAUUCAUAGUUCAUGCAUUUUUAAUUGCAUUAAUAGCUAAUAUAUUGAAUGAAUGAAAUGGUGAUAUUAGAAACAUUCCUGUAAAGGUUAUGUUAGUUGAAAUAAAGUCUAAUAUUUGUAAAA